AUGUCCCAAGACGUUCCCAUUCUCGAAACACAUAGAUGUUCAGCGUUGAGCCAGAUCGUCUCGGGUCCAAAAGCUCCUUUGAAACCGCCCGGCCUUGCCGCAGACGACUCGUUCUCUGCAGGCACCAGAUGUCCCAGAUCUACAGCACAGGCUAUCAGUUUAUCGAAAGCCCCGUCGGAUUCUAGUGGUCGGAUAACGGGUGUCUUUCCGACAAGAGAGCUGGGAGCGACGAUCAGAUCUUCGUCCUGGCUUGGUUUUGCUUUUUUAUCAUCUUCUGGCCACUUUGCUUUUUCUGUCUCGCCCUGGAGCAGGGGGAAAGAUGGAGAGAACACUUGCUUCCGUCCGGUUGCGGCUCCAAGCGAUACAUAUAUCUGCGAGAAGCCGCAUUUCAAAGCCUCUGUGCUGCUCGUAUCGUUUGAUCCACAGCGCCCAAGUGCACUAUGUGCAGUCGUGCAGGAACCUGAGCGAUUCCCAUGCAUUGGCACGAAUCCGCCUGAGUCUGUCUCGGAGGCUGAGCUUGGCGGUUCGUCGCUCCAAUUCCCUGGCGCUCACAGCAGCGUCUCACAGCUCGCUUUUUGCAUCAAUACCCCUGUAUCUCACCGCUGGUUCCUGGUGCCUUUUCGCUCAUGUGAUAUCGAACAGUGGAAGCCAUUGCUGCCGGGCCAGGAACGUGGUAAAAGCGCCCGUCUUCUCCUUUGGAGACACAAACCGAAAUUUCAAUUGUCCCUUGUGCUGCUCGCUCCGAUUCCCAUCCGACCUGAGACAUUAUUGAUUGCGGUGUAUCCAGCAGACCCAAUCUUAAGGACAGCUUCACCCGGGGGAAUGGAGAAGAGCGGUCCCGAAUUGCUGCUGUCGGGAGCACCAUUCUCGCCGGAAGCUGUGAAGAGCAAAGACAUUUGCAAAUACACCCCUAGAUCAGCAGGAUCCGUGCAACGGCCACAGCGGUCCGAGAAUCUGCUGGAGUUGGUUCGCUUCUUCACCGACUACAACGCGCCUUUCCCGGAAGACGACGUGAUGGGCUUUGGCGACGGCGGCGUGCCCGAUAUCUGGGUUCCAAAGGAGCUGCGCAAGGCCAAAAAAUGGAAGUCCCAGGAGGAUCUGCGCCGUCAAAAGGGCUGGCAGAAGUGGAGGAAGAACAAGCCGUACACGUCCACCUCGGGCCCUGACGAGAAGCCGCCGCCUCCUAUCUGCAAGGAUCCCAGAGUGCCUGAGCUGGUGCUGCCGGCCUCUGGCUCAAAAAGUAUGAUUGGUGAUGUAGCCUGUGAAUGUUUCUAUGCUGGUGUUGGGACACUGCCUCCCACCGCAAACUUGUCUGAUGAGAUGCUCCAAUAUCCAGGUAACCUGACAUCGAUGUGGACGCCGCCGACGCCAGAGAUGCCGUUGACGCCGUCGUCCGCUGAAUUCAGCCCGGCGGCGGAGAGUCGAGAUCGCAAGCACGCCGGGUGCGGCAACGCCACGUAUAGGCGCGAAGUGGAAAGCCGCUCGUCUGCAGAAUCGAAGCCGGAUCGACACGACGAUGGCGGUAUGCUGCCACAGCUGCAUCCGUCGGUGUAUGCCUGCAUGGAGGCGCCAGAGCACCCGCAGCCCCAACCAUGGCAGCCCGGCCACAUCUUGACCGCCAGCAAGGGAUCCGUGGCCGCGAACAAAGGCCGGGAGACUCCCAGCAGCAAGCGAGAUGGCGUUUGCGUUGCUGACUCUGAACAAACACAGAUCGCGCUGCCUGAUAUCCUGUCAAUCGCACAGCAGCAAUCCCCAUAUAUCGACGCCCAAUAUCUCCCCCAAAGAACAUCGAGCAGGAGAAGGCGUCCGCAGGAACAGCCAGAUCCCCAUUGUCUGGCACAAGACUAUCUGCAUUCUGGCUUCCAGAACUCGCUCAGUGUCUCAGAGCCAGAGGCCUCAUUGCUUUGCAUGCCAACUCGAAAGCAUCCCGUUCGACGACCAGCACCGCUCAUAUUGUCGCCAGACUAUCAGCUUGGAGGUUUUGUCACCACGCUGCCCCCAACACCAGCAACCCCGUCGUGCAACAUGGGCCAGGCACAGGGGAAGGAGUCUCCUCACAGCUUAUCUGCGCCAACCAAGGCUCUUCCACCCACGCCAACUGAGCCGUCUUCGCGCAACAAGAGCGUGGGCGGCAAGAAACCCCAGAAACCCGCCUCCAAAGUCUCGUCUCUGUGGCCCCCGAGACUCAAUCUACGUCCUUCACGCGACAUUGCCACAAAAACAGAGGCCAUGAGUCCAUGGCGAGGAAAUGCUUUUGCCCAAUUAAGCAGCUUACCGUCCAGCCCAACGGUGCCCCUGGAUCCUUCGACUCAGCUUCAGGAAGCGGAGCGCCGUGCCAGUGAGGUUCAGCAACAUACGUUCUCCUCUCGAACCAACAACAUGGCUGCGACGAUGGGCGGGCUGGCGAAUUCAGGGGCUGGUGAUAGAAGGGAAAGGGACAUGGGGUCCAAGGAUGAUAUUGAAAUAAGUCCAAAGUCAAGCCUGACCCGUCAAAGGGAAAAUACAGAGCCCGUCCGUCCUCUUACGUCGCCGAAUCUACGUAAAGAUCCUGGGGAGCCUCCAAAUAUUCCACUGCCGGCGAAUCCUCCAAAGUGCACCAGCCGCCCAGAUACACCAAAUAAGGGGCACACCAUGAGAUCUGAGCAGCCGCAAACUGUCCCCAACACUCCAUCUGCCGAUGGCAGAAGCUUCGAACAGGUCCUUCGCCCGAAAACCCCCAACUCUGCGAGAGCAAAACGCUCUGCGGCUGCAAGCCCCAGAAACUCUCAAUCUUCACAUUAUUCCCGUCACGCUGACGGCCACAUCCCCCAAUCAUCCUGCGACACCGUGGACCUUACUUUGACUUCCCGACCCGUCACCCCAUCGUUGCCGUCAUCGGACGACGAAAAGGGUGUGUACGCCUACUGCGGCAGCGCCUCCCGCUCCAGCAAAUCCCGCAGACGCCAUCGCCAUGAUAACCAGAGCAUCGACGCUUUCGCCCUGUCGUCUCCUAUCCAGCGGCGAAAGGACAGAGACGCGUCGGAGAGUCAGAGCCCGUUUGCGGCUUCGCGACCGUCAACACGCGAGUCGCUGGAGCGGAGACGCUUUGGAUCGCCAUCUCGUCUAUCAGGUUCCUCGGGAGCGGACUCUCUGUUGAUUCAACAGCUCCAGGAGAAGGUUGCCGGUCUUGAACGGCAGAAUAAAAUGCUUCGCGCCGCCCUGGCUGCUGCGCUUGAUAUGGGGGGUAGAAACAAUGGAGAUUCGACCCAAGCUGGGAAGUCGGCUAAAGCAGAUGCCAUACUUGGGCCAAUGUUGUCCACAGCCGGUGGAGUUUCGCAGGGCGUGGAAGCCGCUUUCGAUAUCGACAAUGUGGAAUGUCAUUAG